AUGAUCGCCGACCGCGUUUCGACCAAGAACGCCAUCGACUUCAUACAAAACGUGGAACUGGCCGCACUGGCGGCGGCAGCAGCAGCGGCGGCGGCAGAAGCACCGCCAGUCGGAGCCGCCGUAGGCGGCACCGGCGGUGAUAGUGGUAAUGGGGGGAAUGGCGUUGAAUCGCAACGGGGUUCUGGAGACUCGGUUCCGGCGGCAGAUCCGGUGGCGGUCGGCGCGUGAGAUCGCUUUUCCCUCUCGGGAGAGAAGCUGCUGCGAGAUGUGUUCCGAGGUGCUGACGGUCUGAGGCGGCGGGCGCUUCGCCUCGUCAAACGGCCAUGUGGGUGAAUAAUUUUAGGCGCGCGUGUGGACGGACGGACUGCUGUGUUUGGCGCUUUCUAGAUUCAUGUGUGUGGUCUUCUCUCUUGGUUUAGCUUAUAGUCGCGACGGAACAUCUUCCGGCAAAAGGUACAGGCAUUUUUUGAAAAAGAGGGGGACGUUUGUAGGCGCUUUUUACCCUGCGGGGAGUGCGUCCACCGAAGGGCAGGCGUUUCGGGGAGUGUUGACACUGUGGCGUUGUAGACCGUCCCGGCAGCCGGGGGCGAUACGUGCACGCCCACGGGGGAACACAUGCACGAUACCUGUUGGAUAGAACAAAGUGAUGGUGUGAAAAAGGGGGGGCCGAAGGUCCUUUUGUUAGUGAAAAAUGGAGAGGAGAGGGGGAGGAGAAAGAACAACCUCUGUGAGGAGGGGGGGUGUAAAGAGUAGCUAGGGCCGGGGGUUGAGGGCGAACUAUUUUUUACACGAACCGGUGACCGAGGGGGUCGGUCCAGGUUUGCAAGGGGUUGGGGGUGGUCGUGUACUUGAUGUUGUGUUUCUUGCCUAUGCGGGUGCAGCGAUACAGAUAAGAGUUGAUUCCAAGGCAACACCUACCAAAGAGAUGCGAAUAUGCGCGAGUGUCAGGUGUUUAUGAUUUGGUUUAUGGGGUCCACGUAGUUUAUUGGCUGCUCAAUAAGGCGGCGGUAGGUCCAUACGGCUCGAAAGAGGAUGUGGAAGAUAUGGAUACUGGUGCAUAUGAUGCGGUGAUCCCUCGGCCUGUCGCUCUUCGACAGCCAUUUCGUGGUCUAUCGUCUCUCUUAGCUGCUCCUGUGUUUGAGGAUUGUGGGGAAGCAUAAAAGACAGGGUCAAGUCGAUAAAGGGGGCGCGCGGCGUGGGAAAAUGAAUAACGACGAAAGGCGUGGCUUUUCCUUGAACGGCGAACUAGUUCACCUAUGAAGUACUGCCGCUAAAGGAUGGAUGGAAGUAUUGCUUGAGGGUUUUUCUUGAUGUCGGUGUCAUUGUCAUGCAACAGCACAAGUGUAGUCUGUCUUGGCGGACGCGGUGUAAUCGUGAGGGACGUGGUUGUUUACGAACGGCAUGCACGGGCGGUACAAUCGGAGAGCCCGCGGCGGCGCGCGGCACGGGAGGCCUGGACGAUAGCGCCACUCCGUCGCAAGUGUUUCGGGUAAAGCCCUUCGUGUUUCGUGUGUGUUUAUAUGGACGGACAUGCGUACGUUUCGGCAUAGGGGAGGGGGGCGCAAGCACCGUGGAAGAGGAGAUCGAGAUGGGCAAGUGGUGAUCCGGGCGAUAGGGAGAUGGCGCUGGAGGUUUCUGGGAGUUGCAGAGGUGUUUUGUCUGUAUUCUAGUGGCUGGUCUCAAGUUCCUUUUUGUGUCUUGAGCUGUCGGGGCGACUUGCUUUCAUUUGUAUUUGUUUUGCGUCUCUCGUGGUGAGCACGACCCCGUGGCGCGCUUAUUUCCUCGACGAGAAGUAACAUUGUGCUGGUAUGGCGAUGGGAUCGAAAGGAAGGAAGCGCCGUUCGCGCUCGUACCUGGUGGCCGUUUCGUUUUCCGUGUUGUUGAUGUUGCUCCAACCAAAUUUUGCACGAGAUAAGGUGUGCUCAGUAUUUAGCUGUGUUUACAGGUACCUCCAUCUGCUUGAUUGACUCGUCACGCCAGUUGUGUGUACGAACACUACUGGUGUAAAGGAUUGCGGUAUGAUGAGACGCCCGAGCACUGCUGUACUCAUCUCGUGUCUCGGCGCUCUGUGAGUCGUUUGAUGAUGAUGAGCAACCCGUUCGCUUGCAACGCCUGAGAUAAGUUUAUAGUACAU